CCGUUGUACAAGGUGGUUACUUACCUACUAAAUCAAUGGAUAGGACAGAUACAUAGACACAGAUACAUAGAUAGAGAAAGCUAUGCAUCAAGACCAAGCAAGAAAACUAUAAAGACGAUGGACGAGUAUCACAUCAAAUGUUUUUCGCUCCAUUUCUAAACGUAACUACGACGACUACUACUACUACGAGGCGGACGAGAGAGAAGCAGAGUUCAAAGUGCUAGAGUUAGAGGCUAACAUUUAUAAUUUUUAUUUGUAAUUUUCUUUCCAUAUACCUAUAAAAAAUGUUAAAUUCUUUUAGUAAAACGAUUCAGAUUCUUGCACCAAGUGUUCGUCAUUCAAGAUGCAUAGCUUCUCUUUCUGCAUUGCCCGAAACUCACCAAAUGUUAUACAAGACAUGUAGAGACUUUGCUGAAGCGGAAUUGAAGCCUAACGCAGCCAAAUAUGACAGAGAUCAUUUAUAUCCCGGUGAUGCUAUAAAAAAAAUGGGAGAACUAGGAUUGAUGGCCAUUGCGACUCCAGAAGAGCUCGGUGGGACUGGUUUGGAUUAUUUGGCGUAUGCUAUAGCUCUGGAAGAGAUCUCUCGAGGUUGUGCAUCUGCUGGCGUCAUCAUGUCAGUUAACAACUCAUUAUAUCUUGGACCACUGCUUGGAUGGGGCACAGAUAAACAAAAAAACGAAUUUGUUACACCAUUUGUUGAUGGACAAUCAGUAGGGUGUUUUGCUCUAUCGGAACCUGGGAAUGGCUCUGAUGCUGGUGCUGCGUCAACCACAGCUAAAGACAAAGGUGAUAAGUGGCUCUUAAAUGGAACAAAAUGCUGGAUAACUAAUGGUUAUGAGAGUAAGGCUUCAGUUGUAUUCGCCACCACAGAUAAGAGUUUAAAACAUAAGGGCAUAUCUGCAUUUAUUGUGCCAAAGCCAAUCAAGGGAUUGGAAUUAGGGAAGAAGGAAGAUAAACUUGGUAUUAGAGGUUCAUCCACUUGUUCUUUAAUGUUUGAAGACUGUGAGGUUCCAAAAGAGAAUAUCUUGGGAGAGCCAGGCUUUGGUUUUAAGAUUGCAAUGAUGACACUAGAUGCUGGUAGGAUUGGCAUUGCUUCACAGGCGCUAGGUAUUGCACAGGCAUCACUAGACGUGGCUGUUGAAUAUGCGUCAAAAAGGAUAGCUUUCAACAAGCCCAUCAUGAAGCUUCAAUCUAUUCAGAACAAGUUAGCCGACAUGGCCCUGAGACUGGAGUCUGCAAGGUUGCUCAAUUGGCGCGCAGCUUGGCAAAAGGACAACAAAAAACCAUACACUAAAGAGGCUGCAAUGGCUAAAUUGGCUGCAUCUGAAGCAGCCACAUUCUGUUCACAUCAGUGUAUACAGAUUCUCGGUGGGAUGGGCUAUGUGUCUGAUAUGCCAGCAGAAAGGCACUACCGCGACGCUCGUAUCACGGAGAUUUAUGAAGGAACCUCAGAGAUUCAAAGGCUAGUCAUUGCAGGGCAGAUAAUAAAGGAAUAUGAUCUGAACUAAUGCAUAAUAAUAACACAGCUACUAAUAUUCCUAAAGAGCACUAUGCCUAAAGCAAGCAUUAGUGUCUAUGUCCUGCACACGGGCAUACUUAUGGCAGCAAAGUUUAUUAAUUUACAAUAUACAAAUACUCUACAAUUUACAAAGUUCUAUAAUCUUUUUCAGAAAUUUGCAUAAUAUUAUAAGAAAUUUAAUAUCUAUAUUUAAGAUCCUAUUCUGCCUGUAUUUAUAUGUAGUAAAGAUGUCGUUUAUAUCUUGUUUAUAAGCAGUCAUAUACUCAAUGUUCGCAGCUAAGAUGAGCCAUAAAUAUACUGUCACCUCAAUACGAUUUAAUAUUAUUAUAAGUAUAGUAUAAUCAUAAGUGUUACUAUUGAGAACAGGGUUUGAUAAAGACGUGUUGUAUAUACUGCUAUAAUUUAAUAACAAAAUGAAACAUGAAAUUUGAGAAAGAUUUUUAUAUUCAAUUAUACAAAUCAAGUCCUGGAUAAAAUAAAAACUUUGAUAACAUUUCAUCAGCAGCAUUAGUUGUGUUUAUAUAUAAGAAAAGUAUUUAUAUUACAUAAAAAGAAUAUACCACUCAAUAUUUUUACUGUAAAGGAUUACUCAUUUUUAAAUAUUGUCAUUAAAACUUAUACAAUAAAUGCACAUAAGAAAUACUUUAAUUUGUGAAAAUAAAGUUUUUUUAUACAAAA